UUACGGUUUGCAGGGGGGAGCUGGCCGCAGGACUAGGCAACCUCCUGCAGAUCUCUGGGUCGGGCGAGUCCUCCCUGAGGCGGCCCAAUGGAGCGCUCUCCUGUAGAGGGCUCCAGCCCCGGCCCCAUGGACCAGCCGUCUGCUCCUUCCGACCCCACUGACCAGCUUCCCACUGCUCACACAAAGUCAGAUCCGGGUUCUGGGGGCCAACCUGCCGGACCAGGCGCAGCGGGCGAGGCCCUUGCGGUGCUGACUUCCUUCGGGCGGCGGUUGCUGGUGCUGGUGCCAGUCUACCUGGCCGGAGCAAUGGGACUCAGCCUGGGUUUCGUGCUCUUCGGCCUCGCCCUCUACAUAGGCUGGCGCCGGGUCCGCGACGAGAAAGAACGGAGUCUCCGGGCCGCGCGGCAGCUGCUGGACGACGAGGAGCGGAUCACGGUGAAAACGCUCUAUAUGAGCCAUCGCGAGCUACCUGCCUGGGUCAACUUCCCAGAUGUGGAAAAGGCUGAGUGGCUAAACAAGAUUGUGGCCCAGGUCUGGCCCUUUUUGGGCCAGUAUAUAGAGAAGCUUCUGGCUGAAACUGUGGCCCCAGCUGUUCGGGGCUCUAACCCCCAUUUGCAAACAUUUACAUUUACAAGAGUGGAACUGGGUGAGAAGCCACUGCGCAUCUUGGGAGUCAAGGUUCACCCAGGUCAGAGCAAAGAACAGAUCCUACUGGACUUGAAUAUCAGCUAUGUAGGUGAUAUACAGAUUGAUGUGGAAGUGAAGAAAUAUUUCUGCAAAGCCGGAGUCAAGGGCAUGCAGUUACACGGUGUCUUGCGGGUGAUCCUUGAGCCACUAAUUGGGGACCUGCCUAUCGUGGGAGCUGUGUCAUUGUUCUUUAUCCAACGCCCGACCCUAGAUAUCAACUGGACAGGGAUGACCAACCUGCUGGAUAUCCCCGGACUCAGUUCACUCUCUGACACCAUGAUCAUGGACUCCAUCGCUGCAUUCCUCGUGUUGCCCAACCGAUUAUUGGUGCCCCUUGUGCCUGACCUCAAAGAUGUGGCUCAGUUGCGUUCCCCUCUGCCCAGGGGCAUUGUUCGUAUCCACCUGCUGGCUGCUCGAGGGCUUGGCUCCAAGGACAAAUAUGUGAAGGGCCUGAUUGAGGGCAAAUCAGACCCCUAUGCACUUGUACGCGUGGGCACCCAGACGUUCUGCAGCCGCGUCAUCAAUGAGGAACUCAACCCCCAGUGGGGAGAGACUUAUGAGGUGAUGGUACAUGAGGUCCCAGGGCAGGAGAUAGAGGUGGAGGUGUUUGACAAGGAUCCAGACAAAGAUGACUUUCUGGGCAGAAUGAACCUGGAUGUAGGGAAGGUAUUGCAGACUAGAGUACUGGAUGAUUGGUUCCUUUUACAAGGGGGGCAAGGCCAAGUUCACUUGAGGCUAGAAUGGCUGUCGCUUUUGCCAGAUGCAGAAAAACUGGAGCAGGUUCUACAGUGGAAUCGGGGAGUCUCCUCUCGACCAGGGCCCCCAACGGCUGCCAUCUUAGUUGCCUAUCUGGAUCGGGCCCAGGAUCUGCCUCUGAAGAAGGGGAAUAAGGAACCCAACCCCGUGGUACAACUGUCACUUCAGGAUGUGACCCAGGAGAGCAAGCCUGUCUAUAACACCAACUGCCCAGUGUGGGAAGAGGCUUUCCGGUUCUUCCUGCAAGACCCUCGAAGCCAGGAGCUCUAUGUGCAGGUGAAGGAUGACUCCCAGGCCUUGACUUUAGGGGCACUGACCCUGCCUCUGGCUCGCCUGCUGACUGCCCCUGAACUCACCCUGGACCAGUGGUUCCAGCUCAGCAACUCUGGCCCAAACUCCAGGCUCUACAUGAAACUGGUUAUGCGGAUCCUGUGCUUGGAUUCAUCAGAAGUAUGCUUCCCUACUGUGCCUGGGACUCCUGGUGCCUGGAACCUGGACAAUGAGAGCCCCCAGAUGGGUAGCAGUGUGGAUGCCCUACCUCGACCCUGUCACACGACUCCCGACAGUCAUUUUGGGACUGAGAAUGUACUUCGGAUCCAUGUAUUAGAGGCCCAGGACCUGAUUCCCAAAGACCGCUUCUUGGGGGGACUGGUGAAGGGCAAGUCAGAUCCCUAUGUCAAACUAAAGCUGGCAGGACGAAGCUUCCGGAGCCGUGUUGUUCGGGAAGAUCUCAAUCCCCGCUGGAAUGAGGUUUUCGAGGUGAUUGUCACAUCAAUUCCAGGCCAAGAGCUAGAAGUCGAGGUCUUUGACAAGGAUUUGGACAAGGAUGAUUUUCUGGGCAGGUGUAAGGUGAGCCUCACCGCAGUGCUGAACAGCGGCUUCCUUGACGAGUGGCUGACCCUGGAGGAUGUCCCAUCUGGCCGCCUGCACUUGCGCCUGGAGCGUCUCACCCCACGUCCCACUGCUGCAGAGUUGGAGGAGGUGCUGCAGGUGAACAAUCUCAUCCAGACUCAUAAAAGUGCAGAACUGGCGGCAGCCCUGUUGUCUGUCUACCUGGAGCGUGCUGAGGACCUGCCGCUCCGGAAAGGUACCAAGCCUCCCAGCCCUUAUGCUACUCUCACUGUGGGAGACACUUCCCAUAAAACCAAGACUGUUUCCCAGACUUCAGCCCCUGUCUGGGAUGAGAGUGCAACCUUUCUCAUCAAGAAACCAAACACUGAGAGCCUGGAGUUGCAGGUUCGGGGCGAGGGGGCUGGCACACUGGGCUCGUUAUCACUGCCCCUCUCGGAGCUCCUCGUGGCUGACCAGCUCUGCUUGGAUCGCUGGUUUACACUCAACAAUGGUCAAGGGCAGGUGCUCCUGAGAGCACAGCUAGGGAUCUUGGUGUCACAGCACUCGGGAGUGGAGGCUCAUAGCCACAGCUACAGCCAUAGCUCCUCAUCUCUGAGUGAAGAGCCAGAGCUCUGGGGGGGUCUCCCACAUGUCACCUCCUCAGCUCCAGAGCUCCGGCAGCGCCUAACACAUGGUGACAGUCCCCUGGAAGCAACUGCAGGGCCUCUGGGCCAGGUAAAACUGACUGUAUGGUACUACAGUGAGGAACGAAAGCUGGUCAGCAUUGUCCACAGUUGCCGGGCCCUUCGACAAAAUGGGCGGGACCCCCCUGAUCCCUAUGUAUCACUGUUGCUACUGCCAGACAAGAACAAAGGCACCAAGAGGAAGACCUCACAGAAGAAGAGGACCGUAAAUCCAGAAUUCAGUGAACGGUUUGAGUGGGAACUGCCCCUGGAUGACGCCCUCAGGCGGAAGCUGGAUGUCUCUGUGAAGUCCAGUUCCUCCUUCAUGUCAAGAGAGCGUGAGCUGCUGGGGAAGGUGCAGUUGGACCUAGCUGAGAUAGACCUUUCCCAGGGUGCAGCCCAGUGGUAUGACCUCGUGGAUGACAAGGACAAGGGCAGCUCUUAGGAGCUGGGAUUACCAGCCUGACUCAGCAAUGCCUCUUUACCUUGCCUCUUGCUGCAUCACUUCCUCAAAGUGAUGAGCCUAAAGCUAGGGCCGAAGGGCAGAGCGUGCAUCGCAUCAGCCCUCUCACCUCCCAGGCCCGUACUAGGGCCUUUGCUUGACCAAAGAGAAGGACCAUAUAUUACCGUUUACUGCACAGCCUUUAUUCUUCUGGGCUCUUGGGCAGGGACCUGAGCUGGCUAUUUCCUGCUCUGCCUGUACCUUGUCCUUCUUUCCUGCCAACUCCCCAGGGCCUUCUGUACCUGUGCCUGGCCACUGGCAGCGCUAGCAGUGGCAUCAGCUUAUGCCAAAUACAGCUUUUGAAAAGAUGUUUUUCUUAUUUAGCUGGAGGAUCACCUUCUUCCCUACUGUGAGAAGGCAGGUAGGGUAAACGUGAGUGGUAGGGUGGGCAGGCCAUGAGCUGCUUGGACUACUGCAUGCGGUGAAUGGAAAGCAACCUAGGCCCCGUAUCAUGUUCUAGCCCCACUCUCCUCAAGCCUGUCCCGAAAAUGACAGCUGCCAUGAUGGCUGGGGCCGGUCUCUUGAUUCAUUUUGGGAAUCAGGAACACCUGGAUUCAGGAGCGCUCGGGACAUCAGGGCCAAUUUUUUGCUCAAGUGCCUAGGCUGUCAACUUACUGACUAGAACGGAAUCUGAUACUUUUAAUUUUGCACCAACGCUGCCAAUCCACUGUAUCUUUCAUUAAACAUUAUACUCAAACCA